AUGAAGUUCACCCACCUCUUCGCCCUCAGCUCCCUCCUACUCCCCAUCUUUGCAGCACCAGAACCUCCAGCCGAAGCCAUCGAAGCCAUCGAAGAACGAGCAAAAUUCGGCGGCGACACAAAAUACUUCCACGAGCCCGGCGGCAACGAUGAACUGGGCCACUACGACAUCCGAUACUUUAAGGGCACCCCCGUCACGUACGAAGAGCGAGGCGAUACGCUGCUGCAUCUCAUACGAUCAUACCUGACCGUGUUUCGGGAGAAGAAUGUCGAGACGUGGAUCGCGCAUGGAACGCUGCUGGGCUGGUGGUGGAACGGAAAGAUCAUGCCGUGGGACUGGGAUCUCGACACGCAAGUCUCGGCCUCGACACUCACCUGGCUAGGCGAGAACCUCAACAUGACAUUCCACAACUACACUUCCUUGAACGAAGAUGGGACGUCGGAUACCCGCGAAUACCUGUUGGAUAUCAACCCGAACCAUGUCGAGCGUAUACGGGGAGACGGGCAGAAUGUCAUUGAUGCGCGCUGGAUCGAUGUGAGCAAUGGCUUGUUUAUCGAUAUCACAGGCCUCUCGGAGACAAACCCAAGCACGCAGCCGGGGAUAUGGAGCUGCAAGAACUUCCACCGCUACAGGACGCGAGACUUAUACCCGUUGCGCGAGACAGUAUUCGAGGGCGUCCCGGCUCUAGUGCCGUACUCGUUCGACAGGAUAUUGACCGAGGAGUAUUCGGCGAGAGCUUUAACGAAAACCAUGCACGAGGGACACAAAUGGAUGCCCGAGCAAAAAGAAUGGGUCAAGCAAGAACCCAUCAACUCCAAGCAACCACCCCGAGCACGCGCCCACGUACCGCGCAGCGUGCAAGCGGAAGAAAACCCGAAAUCAGGAUUACGGAAUUUAUUGCGCGUACUAUGA